GAAAUUCUUGAGACCGACGGUAAGAAGAGGAGGAAGACGGGCGCCGAUGACAACGACGACACCGAAGAGGCGAUUGGCCAAAUUAUAUCCGAUAUAGAGAUCACCCGAACGGUCCGAUUCUCGUCACAGGAGUGA